AUGAAUACAUCACUUCUCUCCUUCACAGGAAAUAAUUCUAUUCAGAACGUCUCCAGUGAGGCUUCUGGACUCUUACAUUUCCAGGACAUUGACUGUCGUGUGCCUUUGGCAAUGGUAUUCACCUUGGCCUUGGCUUAUGGAAUUGUUAUCCUUCUUGGCAUUUCUGGAAAUCUGGCCUUAAUUAUUAUAAUCUUGAAGCAAAAGGAAAUGCACAAUGUGACAAACAUUCUCAUUGUCAAUCUGUCCUUUUCAGACCUCCUAAUAACUAUCAUGUGUCUUCCUUUCACAUUUGUAUAUACUCUGAUGGACCACUGGGUUUUUGGGGAGACCAUGUGCAAACUUAAUCCUUUUGUGCAGUGUGUCUCUGUCACGGUCUCUGUUUUUUCCUUGGUCCUCAUAGCUAUUGAACGCCAUCAGUUGAUUAUCAACCCUCGGGGCUGGAGGCCUAAUAACAGACAUGCCUAUGUUGGAAUUGCCACCAUCUGGAUCCUAGCAAUAGCCUCGUCUUUGCCUUUCUUAGUAUACCAUAUUUUAACUGAUGAACCUUUCACUAAUAUAACCAUAGAAGACUACAAGGGAAAAUAUAUAUGCUUGGAUUCAUUUCCAUGGGAGUCAGCCAGACUGUCCUACACAACCAUCCUCUUGGUCAUACAAUACUUGGGGCCCCUUUGUUUUAUAUUCGUUUGCUACUUAAGGAUCUACAUUCGCUUAAAAAGAAGGUGCAACAUGGUGGACAAGAUGAGGGAUAAUAAAUACCGGUCCACCGAAACAAAAAGGAUCAAUAUUAUGUUGAUCUCAAUUGUGGUGGCGUUUGCCGUGUGCUGGCUGCCCCUCACCAUCUUCAAUACAGUCUUUGACUGGAAUCAUGAAAUUCUCCCUGCAGCCUGCAGCCAUAAUUUGUUGUUUUUAAUCUGUCACCUUACAGCUAUGAUCUCAACCUGUGUGAAUCCCAUCUUCUACGGAUUCCUUAACAAGAACUUUCAACGCGAUCUACAGAUUUUCUUUCGUUUCUGUGAUUUCCACACCAGAGUCGAUGACUAUGAAACAAUAGCCAUGUCUACAAUGCACACAGAUAUUUCAAAGACUUCUCUGAAGCAAGCCAGCCCUCUCACUUUUAAAAAAAUUAAUGACCAUGCUGAUGAAAAAAUAUAG